AUGACUUUUUGGGGUUGUUUGGAUGAUUUGGUUCGGAGUAUUACUCUAGAUCAAUUUUUAUUUGUUGGUGGUGAUUUUAAUGGUCAUAUUGGUGCGAGAGCAGAUGGGUAUCAAGGUGUUCAUGGUGGGUUUGGUUAUGGUGUUAGAAAUGACAAUGGUUCGAUGCUUUUGGAAUUUGCAACAGCACAUGAUUUAGUGAUUGUUAACUCUUGUUUCCGCAAGCGUGAUGACAAUCUAAUAACUUUUAGGAGUGGGGGACAUGCCACUCAAAUUGAUUAUCUUCUUAUUCGCAGUAGAGAUUUCAGAUUUUGUUCAUAUUGUAAGGUUUUUCCAGUGGAAGCUUGUGCUUCACAGCACCGUCUUUUAGUCAUGGAUUUGUCUUUGGAUGGCCCACCUAUGGAGGGAUUGAGAGUUGUUACACCUCGAAUUCUGUGGCGUAAUUUACAUGGAUCGAAAGUAGCAGAAUUUAAGGACAUGUUUGAGGGUUUUUUUAGGUUGGAAGAUGAUGUGGAUCAAAUGUGGAUACGUAUGGCUGAUUUAAUUCGAGGUGUGGCACGGAGGACGUUGGGAGUGGCUUCAGGGAAUGUAAAGGAGUAG